AUGUCUGCACAAACUCAAGAAAAAUCAGUGAGGUUUCAACAAGCGAUGGUAGAUGUGCGUGAUCGCGGUAUGAGUAUUAGAGAGGCAGCUGCCAAAUGGGAAGUUAAAAAAACAUCUCUUCAUAAUCGUGUAAUUGGUAAAGUUGAGUAUGAUCGAAGAUCCGGGCCAUCAAGUAUCCUGACAAAAGCAGAAGAAUCUCGUCUGGCAGACUGGCUGAUGGAGGUUGCGCAACGUGGUUUUGGUCUCACCAAGGAUGAUUUGCUGGAUGCUGUUAAAAAACUUGUUGAAGCAGACAAACGCAAAACCCCAUUCGUCAAUAACCGCCCAGGCAAUCGAUGGUAUAGGAGCUUCAUGAAACGGAAUCCAUCAGUUCGACUUAGAAGUGCACGCCCUCUGGAAAAAAAACGAGCCAAGAUUUCCUCUAGAGAUUUGGACCAAUGGUUUUCUGGAUAUGAGAAAUUCAUCCAUGACCAUGGCCUCGCUAACUGUCCCGCCCAGAUCUGGAAUUGUGAUGAAAGUGGGUUUGACCUCCAGGGUAGAGCUGGCAAGAUCUUGGGUCCUUCUGCAGCAAAGGAAAAGCCAUACAGGGUAUUAACUGGCACAAAAGAGCAUAUAACUGUUCUACCAUGUUUUAAUGCGUGUGGACAAUGGAUGCCACCUUACAUUCUUUUUGUUGGUAAAAGAAUCCCGAAAACCUACAACCCACUGGAUGGAGGUGUUUCCGGAAGUGUGUACUCAGUGACAGAGAAAGGUUAUAUGGAUACCCCUACCUUUUAUAUGUGGUUCGCCAAUCACUUCAUACCCCAAUUACCACCGCAAAGACCUGUUGUUCUGCUUGUUGAUAGCCAUGAAUCCCAUAUUGAUCUUGAAACAUUCGAACUUGCAAAGAAGAACAACAUUCACAUUUUUGCCCUUUUGAAGAAUGCUACCCAUCUGGUACAACCAGCAGAUGUUGGUCUCUUUGGUGCCAUGAAGCAGACGUGGUACAAGCACGUAAGGAUCUACAAUCAGCAGAAUCCAAAUACUGACAUCACCAAGAAGAAUUUCUGUUCGAUUUUCAAAUCAACAUGGGAAGAAGUAAUGAGACCAUCUAUUUUGGUUGAUGCAUUCAGAAAGUCUGGAAUUUUCCCACUUGACAGAUCGAAAAUUACUGAUGACCAGGUAAAGCCAUCACUUGUGUAUAAUACGUCAUCUGUCUCAACAACGUCGCCUACAUCUGCAACAGCUGUUUCACCAUCAUCAAUCCCAACAUCUUCAAAUUCUGAACCUCCCACAUCUACAGUGUUGACAGCGGCUUCAAGGGAAACCAAUCCAUCUGGGACAGCAUCUUCUUCUCAGACAUCCUCCGUUCCAUGUGACCCCAAAAAAUCAGCAUUUGAUGCUCUAGAGAACACACUUCAGACACCAACGAAAUCGAAAUACAGACGGCGUGUAGAAGAGGGAUAUGAUUUGCCUGGUAGCCCCAUAUUCAUGGCCUGGAAGCAACUGUACGAGCUGGAAGCAACUGUACGAGCCUGAAGAAACACAGGAUAAAGAAAAUCAAUUAACGCCUAUCAUCAGUACAAAUGAACACUCCAGCCUAUCUCAAUCUACUUCAAUAAUUCCAGUGACUCCACAGCCUUCAACGUCGUCAUAUUCAUCAGUAUAUCAGACAACCUCGCAUCAAGUUUCUCCAGUUCUUGAUAAUAUAUUAGUUUAUCCAUCUACUAGCGACCACACUAAAAAAGCCAAGAACAAAAUCUCAGUCCCAAACUUUAUGACAGGUGAGGCCUCAAUGAAGAUUCUCCUCGACGAGAAAUUGAAAAAGUCAAGGGAACUUGCAGAAAAGCAGAAGAGAUUAAGAGAAAGAGAAGAAAAGAAGGAAGUGGAAGAAAAGGAAAAUGGAGGAAAAGAAAAUGUUAAAGAAACCAAACAAAACAAAUGCAAAACGGAAGGUUGCUAA